AUGUCCGAAUCAGGAAUCAAGACGGUGUUUGGCGGAGCCACUGUUGGCAGAGCCUUCAAGACUGUAGAGGACUGCCAUGAUGUCUUCAAGACGCUCAAAGCCUUUGACGUCGAAACCAUAGAUACUGCUCAGCUCUACGGCGAGUCUGAGAAGAUUCUCGGAGAGGCAAAGGCCGGCGAGCAGUUCAUCAUCGACACCAAGACUCCUGGAGGCUUUGCUCCACAAAACAAUACCCCAGACAUAAUCACCAAGAACGGACACGAAAGCUCGAAGAUAUUAGGAGCAAUUGACGUCUUCUACAUCCAUUCUCCUUCUCAGAGCGAGCCCAAUGCUGAGGUCCUGUCAGCAGUCAACGAGCUUUACAAAGCUGGCGUCUUCAAGAGAUUCGGACUCUCUAACUUUGUAGCCAGCGAUGUCCAGGCCGUUUACGACCACUGUGAGAAGAACGGUCUUGUCAAGCCGACUGUCUAUCAAGGCAACUACUCGCCCGUCGCUCGUCGCCAGGAAACUGAGCUUCUACCCACUCUUCGCAAGCUGGGCAUCUCGUUCUACGCCUACAGUCCGUUGGCUGGUGGCUUCCUGACCAAGACAAAGCAAGAAGUCCUUGAUGGCAAAGGCAGAUUCGGCUUGGAGAUGAUCGGCGCAAUCUACACCAACAUGUACGCCAGACCUCAACUUCUGGACUCGCUCGUGGAGUGGGAGAAGAUUGCUAGUGAGGCCGGUGUUUCGCGCGCUGAACUAGCUUAUCGCUGGGUCAAAUACAACUCUGCCUUGAAGCCUGAACAUGGAGAUGGUAUCAUUAUUGGUGCAAGCAGCCUCAAGCAGUUGGAACAGACCCUAGAAGGUCUUACCCAUGGCCCUUUACCCCCUCAGAUAGUCGAAAGGAUUGACAAUACCUGGAAAAGCAUCGAGGAUUUUGCUCCCUUGGACAACUAUAACGACGGUAUAAUGAAGGGCAAGAUGGCAUAA